GCCCCACCUCCGGACGGCAGAGGCCGCCCGCUGCUCCCUGGUGCACACAGCGCGAUGGCUCCCGACCCCAGCGGCCGGCCUGGCCACCUCGGCCUGCUGCUGCUGCUCGCCUGCUGCCUCGCGGCCACCUGGGCCGACCCCUUUCCCUGGCUGUGGUUCUCUGAGGCCACCAUGCCCAAGGCCACGCCGGCAUCUGUGCCCCAGGCCACGCCGGCCCCCGUGCCCCCGGGCAGCUCACCUGAGCAGCGCCCAGAGACACCACCGCGCACGUGGACCCCUGGGAUGGCGCCACCGACGCGGGGGAAGCCCCGGCCAGCCCUGAGCCUCGUCUGGAGAGGCUGGAGGGGGGCCAGGGCCAGGGCCCCGCUCUCCCCACGGCCCCCCCGGGAGCCGGGACCCCAAGGAGGAGAACAUCGCGGGUGUGGGAGCCAAGAUCCUGAACGUGGCUCUGGGCAUCCAGCGCUUCAUCCGGCUGUGGGACGACACCACGCACCCCGAGAGCUCCGCCGGCGGGGGGACGCCAGCCCUCCGACCCCCACAGACCCCCUCACCACCCCCGGGCCGUCCAGCACCCUCUGGGAGAGUGGAACCACGCUCUGGCUGAGCAGUGGGGCCCCGAGCUCGCCAGACACCCAGAGGACGGAGGCCGGCACCCAGCCGCUGCCCACCCAGCCGCCGCCCUCCCCAGGCGGGCCCCUGGCGCCGUUCAGGGCACCCUCGGUACCACCACCAGCCCCAGGUAGAGCUUCUCUGUCCCCCGCACCAGGUGGGGCUCCUCCCUGGGGAAGCCAGCUGUCUCCCGGGUGGUCCCAGGAGCUGGACGGCAAAGGACUCUUGCCCGUGGCAGCCAGGCCAGGCCAGCAGCACCGACACCCUGACGUCCGCAGGCCACCUCUGCUUCCCUUGGUGACGGGCUCUCCUGGCGCGCACGGCCCUUCGGCUCUCUCCUCUGGCGCCCCUGCCACGCUGUCCUACGUCGCAUUGGCAGCUCUAAUUGGGGACGGUGGUGCUUGGCUUCCCCACGUGGCUAAUUCUUCGGGGCCUGGUCUCGCUCAUACCUCCGCACAGCUCGGGGCCACCGGCCGCUGCCUGCCUCUGCCGCCCUCCCUGGCGAUCUGCAGCCGCCUGGGCAUCGGGCGUGUCUGGCUGCCCAACCACCUGCACCACGGGAGCGGCGAGGAGGUGCAGGCCGCGGCCCGGGCCUGGGGGGCGCUCCUCCAGACCCGCUGCCACCGCUUCCUCGCCUGGUUCUUCUGCCUGCUGCUCGCCCCGCCCUGUGGCCUGGGCCCUGCCGCCCCACCGCCCUGCCGCCAGUUCUGCGAGACCCUGGAGGACGCAUGCUGGAGCCACCUGGACGGGGGCGGGCUGCCGGUCCCCUGCGCCUCGCUCCCGGCACGGGAGGACGGGCACUGCGUGUUCAUUGGGCCGGCUGCAGAGGGCGAGGCCGUCGAGGUUGGGCUCCAGCAGAUGCUCGGGGAGCCCCUGCCGCGGCAGGUGGCCCUGGUGCACGACCCUGACGUGGGGCCCGCCUACGAGUUCGACGGGAUCAGCGGUGUUGGCCAGGCGGCCCUGAGCCUCGUGCCCCGCACGUUCUUCCACGACUUCUCGCUGCUCAUGCGCGUGCGGCCGGCCUCAGCCGGCGCAGGCGUGCUGUUCGCGGUCACGGACGCGGCGCAGGCGGUGGUCUUGGUGGGCGUGAAGCUGGCGGCGGCGCGCGGGGGGCAGCAGCAGGUGCAGCUGCUGUACACGGAGCCCGGCGCCACCCGCACACGCACGGCCGCCAGCUUCACACUGCCCGCGCUCCACGGUCGCUGGACGCACCUGGCGCUUAGCGUGGACGGCGCGCACGUCGCGCUCUUCGUGGACUGUGAGGAGGUCCAGCUGGAGCCCCUGUCGCGCUCCCUGCGCGCCCUGCAGCUGGAGCCCGACGCCCGCCUCUUCGUGGCUCAGGCCGGCCGAGCGGACCCUGACAAGUUCCAGGGCAUGAUCUCAGAGCUGAGGGUGCGCGGGGACCCCCAGGUGAGCCCCCUGCAGUGUCGGUACGGGGACGAGGACGAGGACGACAGUGACAACGAGGCUUCCGGAGACUUGGGCAGCGGGCUCGCCGAGGAGGCCGGGGAGCGUCUCGGGGCGCCGUCGGGCGCGCCCCUGAGGCCCCGGCUCCCAGAGGCCCCCCCAGUCACCUCCCCGCCCUUGGCUGGAGCUGGCGACGAGGAGGAUUCCAGGACAGAGGAGGUCGAGGAGGCCACCACGGUGCCGUCGCCAGGAGCUCAGACCCUGCCUGGCUCGGGAGCUGUCACCACGUGGGACGGGAGCAGCUGGAGCCCUGGGGACAGCCUGGAAGAGCGAGGCCUGAAGGGGCAGGAGGAGCCAGGGGCUCAGGGCCUGCCUGGCCAGGCCAGUCCCCAGGGUCCCACAGGCCCCGUGAUGCGGAGCCCCGAAGCACAGCCUGUUCCUGGGCCGCAGGGACCCCCCGGCCCCCCAGGACCUCCAGGGAAAGACGGUGCCCCCGGCAGGGACGGCGAGCCGGGUGACCCUGGCGAAGACGGGAAACCCGGGGACACUGGGCCGCAGGGCUUCCCCGGAACCCCCGGAGACGUGGGCCCCAAGGGUGAGAAGGGCGACCCUGGGGUCGGGCCGAGGGGACCCCCAGGACCCCAAGGGCCUCCAGGGCCCCCAGGACCCUCCUUCAGACACGACAAGCUGACCUUCAUCGACAUGGAGGGGUCUGGGUUUGGCGGCGACCUGGAGAGCCUCCGAGGCCCUCGAGGCUUCCCGGGGCCCCCCGGCCCCCCCGGCGUCCCAGGCCUGCCCGGAGAGCCAGGCCGCUUCGGGAUGAACAGUUCCGAUGUCCCUGGCCCCGCAGGCCUUCCCGGAGUGCCUGGACGGGACGGAGCCCCUGGGCCUCCCGGGCCCCCGGGCCCCCCAGGUUUCCCAGGAAGAGAUGGGCAAGCAGGGCAGACCGGCCAGAAAGGCAGCGUCGGCGAGGUGGGCGCCCCCGGACCGAAGGGAAGCAAGGGAGACCCCGGCCCCGUCGGCGCUCCUGGGAACCCCGGCCUGGCAGGGGUCCCCGGACCAGCAGGACCACCAGGGCCCCCCGGGCCCCCCGGACCUCCAGGCCCAGGACUUGCCGCCGGGUUUGACGACAUGGAAGGCUCCGGGGGACCCUUCUGGUGGGCUGCCCAAGGCGCCGACAGGCCGCAGGCACCGCCCGGCCCGCCCGGAGUCAAGGGGGAUCCUGGAGCCGUGGGGCCAGCAGGGACCAAGGGAGAAGUCGGAGCAGACGGAGCUCCCGGGUUGCCCGGCCUCCCCGGCAGAGAGGGCGCAGCUGGACCCCAGGGACCAAAAGGAGAGAAGGGCACCCGGGGAGACAAAGGAGACCCCGGGAAGGACGGAGUGGGGCAGCCGGGCCUCCCGGGACCCCCUGGACCCCCAGGGCCUGUCGUCUAUGUAUCAGACAGAGCGGUGGCGAGCGUGCCAGGCCCCGAGGGCCGCACGGGGUUUGCAGGCUUCCCCGGACCGGCCGGGCCAAAGGGUGACCUGGGCUCCAAAGGCCAGCCAGGCCUCCCGGGACCCAAGGGCGAGAAGGGCGAGCCAGGCACAGUCUUCAGCCCCGACGGCAGACCACUGACCCCUGCCCAGAAAGGAGCCAAGGGUGAGCCUGGCUUCCGAGGACCCCCGGGUCCAUAUGGGCGGCCCGGGCACAAGGGAGAGAUUGGCUUCCCCGGACGGCCGGGUCGCCCCGGGAUGAACGGAUUGAAAGGGGAGAAGGGGGAGCCGGGAGAUGCCAGCGUGGGAUUCAGCCUGAGGGGUCCGCCUGGCCCACCCGGGCCCCCAGGGCCCCCAGGCCCCGCCGGGACUCCUGUCUAUGACAGCAACGCGUUUGUGGAGUCCGGCCGCCCUGGACCCCCAGGACUGCCAGGGUACCAGGGGCCUCCUGGGCCGAAGGGUGACAAAGGAGAGAUGGGCCCACCUGGACCACCAGGGCAGUUCCCGUUCGACCUCCUCCACAUGGAAGCUGAGCUGAAGGGGGAGAAGGGCGACCGAGGGGAAGCCGGGCAGAAAGGAGAAAGGGGCGAGCCGGGGGGCGGCGGAUUCUUCGGCUCCAGCGUGCCCGGUCCCCCUGGCCCGCCAGGCUACCCUGGGAUUCCGGGUCCUAAGGGAGAGAGCAUCCGGGGCCAACCUGGCCCUCCCGGACCUCAGGGACCACCUGGCAUCGGUUACGAAGGCCGCCAGGGGCCGCCAGGACCUCCGGGGCCCCCAGGACCACCGGGGCCCCCUUCCUUUCCUGGCCCUUACAGGCAGACUAUCAGCGUUCCAGGCCCCCCAGGCCCACCUGGGCCACCGGGACCCCCUGGAUCCAUGGGCGGCUCCUCAGGGCAGGUGAGGGUCUGGGCCACGUACCAGACCAUGCUGGACAAGGUGCCCGAGGUGCCGGAGGGCUGGCUCAUGUUUGUGGCCGAGAGGGAGGAGCUGUACGUCCGUGUCCGGAAUGGGUUCCGGAAGGUUCUGCUGGAGGCCCGCACGCCACUGCCACGUGGGACGGGGACGGACAACGAGGUAGCCGCCUUGCAGCCGCCGGUGGUGCAGCUGCACGAGGGCAACCCUUACCCCCGCCGGGAGCCUCCCCAGCCCACGGCUCGGGCCUGGCGGGGGGACGACAUCCGGGCCAGCCCCCCGCGCCUGCCUGUCGCCCAGCCCUACCCGGGGGCCCCGCACCACGGCGCCUACGUGCACCCCCGGCCGGUGCACCCCACGGGCUCGCCCGCCCACACCCACCACGACUUCCAGCCGGUGCUACACCUGGUCGCGCUCAACAGCCCGCAGUCGGGCGGCCUGCGCGGCAUCCGCGGCGCCGACUUCCAGUGCUUCCAGCAGGCGCGCGCCGUGGGGCUGGCGGGCACCUUCCGCGCCUUCCUGUCCUCGCGGCUGCAGGACCUCUACAGCAUCGUGCGACGCGCCGACCGCGCCGCCGUGCCCAUCGUUAACCUCAGGGACGAGGUGCUGUUCCCCAGCUGGGAGGCCUUGUUCUCGGGCUCUGAGGGCCAGCUGAAGCCCGGCGCCCGCAUCUUCUCUUUCGACGGCAGAGACGUCCUUCAGCACCCUGCCUGGCCCCAGAAGAGCGUGUGGCACGGCUCAGACCCCAGCGGGCGCCGGCUGACCGAAAGCUACUGUGAGACGUGGCGGACUGAGGCCAGGACGGCCACGGGCCAGGCCUCCUCGCUGCUGGCGGGCCGGCUGCUGGAGCAGAAGGCCGCCGGCUGCCACCACGCCUUCAUUGUUCUCUGCAUCGAGAACAGCUUCAUGACCUCCGCCUCCAAGUAGGAUCUCGGCUGCCUCCACGGACGGAUGGACGGACGGACGGACGGACCGACAGGUGGCUGGAAAGGAGCAUCAGGCUGGAGGAGCAGAGCGGGGCCCCAGGUGGGGCAGGAGCCUCUGCCGGCACCUCAGAGAGGGGCCUGGCGGGGACACUUUCCUGUAUGGUUCACAUUUCAUGUAAUCUUCAAGAAAUAAAAGGAAGCCAAAGAGAGUAUUUUUUAAAAAGUUUAAACAGCCUGGUGCCCAGCCUCUUCCUCUGCCCUCCCCAUGGUCCAGCGCCAGCUGGCCAGCCAGGUCAGCAGGGGGACUGCUCGGUGCCCGUGCAGCCUCCCGGCCCGAUCAGGCCAGAGCACAGAACUGCCUCUGUUUAGGCAUCGACUGCCCCGGAGGCGCGUCCCCAGGGCCUCCCAGGUGCUGAGAGGGGCCCUCCGCCUCCCGGCAGGUGCCGGCUCCUGCAGACCCCAGGCCUGUGCUGCCCAGCCACAAGGGGGCGCCGGGGCUGCACCCUCAGGCUUCCUGCUCCCUCCCCUCCCCUGGCCCAGGGGCUGCACGUUCCCAAGCUCGACACCCCCUGUGGACCCCAGGGGCUGCCACACAGGAAGCCUGCCUGUCCCCUGGAGCCAGCCCUGCCACGUGAGGUCCGGACACUAUACUGGCUUCUUGAGUGACCCGAGGUCACAACCAGCAGAGCUCCGGCUGUACUGGGAGUUUCGAUGAGUCCAUAAACCCAGCGCCCUGUCGUUGGGCCCCGGCCUCACACCCGGGGCGAGGAUUCCUGCCUGCAGCACCUGCCCAGCUCUGCCUCGGAGCACGUCCUGGGACCCAGCUGGGCCCCAACCCAGCACCCCGCCCCCUCCAAUCCUUGGCCGGAACUGCCUCCUGCUGAGCUCAGCGCCCGGAUCCCUGGGUUCAACUUUGCAGGACACGGAGCUCAGAAACCUCUGGGGCCACAGGGGGUGGCCACGUGUGCCCCCAGCCGGGACACGGCUCACAGCCUGCACGGGCCUGCCCAGUCCAGCCCCGGGACAGGCGAGGUGGCACGGAGGGGUCCGAGCCAGCCGGGGACAGGACUGGGCCGUGUGCCCAGUGGCCGCGUGUGCAAGGCAGCGGCUGAGGGCCAUGUGGGCUCGGACCCUGCUCCCCACUAUGCACAGCACAGCCCUGGGAAAAUACACGGCCUCCUUGCUGGAGGAGUGAAGGGGACUUUGGGGGUGCAUGUGGGCAUCUCUGGGGGAGCUGGCAGGGUGGCAGGCCAGAGCCCAGGGUCCAUCCCAGGGUCUGCCGUCCGAGCAUGAGACUGUAAAGCGGCGGGAUCUGUCCUGUGAAGGAUGUUGUUCCAAAAGCUCCAAAUAAAAACAACCGUUUCCACCAA